AUGAAUCAAGAAAAGGUUGACGACAAGAUUGUGGGUGCUCAAGAGAAUGAAUAUCGAUCUUGUAGCGUAGACGAGAGUGGACGCCGUCUAUCUGUGACUGGACGCCGGGUCUCUAUCGUUGAUGAUGUCUUUGGAGAAAUUGUCGAAGGUGGUCCAAACUAUCGCAAUGUCGGUUGGAUGGCAACUGCCAUUCUCAUGAUGAAGACCCAGAUUGGUCUCGGAGUCCUCUCGAUUCCAGCAGUUUUUGACGUGCUCGGCCUGGUUCCCGGCGUCAUAUGCCUGAUAGUCAUCGCUGUGAUCACAACGUGGUCGGACUACAUGGUCGGUGUGUUCAAGCUUCGACACCGCUCCGUGUACAGUCUCGACGAUGUUGGCCAAUUGUUGUUCGGCCGUAUCGGGCGUGAGAUAUUUGGUGUGGCGUUCGUUCUUUAUUGGAUAUUCGUCGCGGGUGCUGGCAUGCUCGGUAUCUCAAUUGCCCUGAACGCAGUCUCAACCCAUGCUGCAUGUACUGCCGUGUUUGUUGCGGUAGCUGCGAUCAUAGGGUUCUGCCUCUCCAGCAUUCAGACACUUGGCAAGAUAUCGUGGCUCGCCUGGGUAGGAGUGGCGUGCAUCUUGAUCGCAAUUUUCACCGUCACUGUCGCUGUUGGUGUACAGGAUCGCCCCGCCGAUGCACCUACAGCAGGCGUCUUUGUCUCCGAUUACAAGAUCACAAACAAUCCAUCUUUCACAGAGGCAAUCUCUGCUUGUUCCUCUCUGGUGUUCGCAUACGCCGGGACGCCUGCUUUCUUUUCAAUCGUUUCUGAAAUGCGAGAUCCUCGACAAUACACACGAUCUCUCCUCAUCUGUCAGAGUGUUGUCACGGCCACGUACACCACCAUUGGGGUUGUGGUCUAUUAUUAUGCUGGCUCAUACGUGGCCUCACCUGCUCUUGGGACAGCCGGUGUCCUCCUCAAAAAGGUCGCCUACGGUUUUGCUCUUCCAGGGCUUAUUGUGACCACGACCCUUGUCAUUCAUUUGCCGGCGAAGUAUAUUUUUGUGCGAUUGUUGCGCGGUACUCAUCACCUCACAGAGAGUACUGCUAGGCAUUGGAUAACCUGGUUGAGCUGUACAGCUGGGAACGCGAUCACCGCCUACGUGAUCGCAAGUGCCAUUCCCGUCUUCGGUGGCCUUGUGUCCCUUGUUGGUGCUUUGCUCGGGACUCUCAUGUCGUUCCAGCCGAUGGGAUGUAUGUGGCUGUACGACAACUGGAGCAGGUUCAAGGCCGAGCGGACGACCAAAUUGACUAUGAUGGUAUGCUUCAGUUGUUUUGUGGUCGGAUCAGGAACUUUCUUGAUGAUAGGGGGCACUUAUGGGUCGAUUGUUGGCAUCAUUGAUUCGUACAAGGCCUCUGGUGGCUCAGCUGCAUGGUCCUGCGCAGAUAACUCGAACUCGGUGUGA